AUGCAAGACUCGAAUGCAAACUCAGCGGGCACAUACAGCCAAACGGUUGGCUUGCUUUAUGUAUUCAAUCUAAUUGUGGGAACUGGCGCUCUCGCUCUACCAAAGGCAUUUCAAACAGCAGGAUGGUUGUUAAGUAUUCUCAUUCUUUCGGCAUCUGCGUUCAUGAGUUAUGUCGCUGCGACAUUCGUUAUCGAAUCGCUAGCAGUGGCCAAUGCAGUGGUAUCGAAGAAUAGAAGACGAGAAAGGAAUGAAAAUGCUUCUGAAAGUGGACCAUCAACGUUCGAAAUUGUUCGAAAAGUGGAAGUGGGAGAAAUGUCAUCAAUGUUCUUAUCGAAGACCACGCUACUCAUUUCUUACUUUUCAAUCAUUGUCUAUUUGUUCGGAGAUUUGGCGAUAUACUCAACAACUGUUCCGAAAAGUGCCAUGAAUAUGCUAUGUUCAAGUAUUAAUGUCACGGUUACAAAAUCGACAGAUCCUUGCCGACCGUCACUUGCCGACUGGUUAUCAAGAAUGGCCGUGUACCGAAUUUGUGUGAUUGUCUUUGUGGGAUUCGUAUGUCUUCCAAUGGUUUUGGCUGGCAUAACAAAAACACAAACAAUUCAAAUGAUGACGACAUUUUCGCGUUGGCUCGCAUUCAUUCUGAUGAUUGUUUUGGCAAGUAUGCAACUGAUUAAUGAUGGGGCUGAAGGAAAACCCCCUGUUGCGAAUGUUCAUGGUUUUGGAUCAUUAUUUGGAGUUGCGGUGUACGCGUUCAUGUGCCAUCACAGUCUCCCGUCAUUGGUCACACCAAUGGGAUCUAAAAACCGAAUUUUUGGUCUAAUUGGCUUGGUUUAUCUGCUUGUCGGAGCAUUCUAUUUCACUCUUUCCUUAACAGGUGCUUUUGCUUUUGAACAUGUUCAAGACAUCUACACGUUGAACUUCCUUCACGACGAUAACACAAGCUUCAUUUACUCGAUUAUCGACUAUUUCCUAGCUGCUUUUCCAAUAAUCACUCUCACUUCGAGCUACCCAAUCAUUGCGUUAACUUUAAUUAAUAACGUGAAAGUUGUGAAAGAUUUAAUUUUUCCGAAAACCGGUGCUGAAAAUGAGUCUCUUCUUGAGGAAGAAGAAGCUGAUAGUGAAGAUGAAAGCGAGGCUCGAAAUACUCGAAACGGGAAAUCGUUCGUUGAUGUCCUUGUGCCAGCUCUAGUUCUUUCCAUUCCAACAUUCAUUAGUUUUAUGACCGAUGAUAUGCUUCUGUUGGCUUCAAUCACAGGCAGUUUGCCAGGCGUUUUCGUACAGUUUGCAAUUCCGUGCUUCCUGGUGAUUUCCGCUCGCCGACACGCCAGAUCGAUUUUGAACUUCCCAGUUCCUCGUAAAUAUGAGAGCCCAUUUCAAGGAAGUGGAUGGGUCGCCGCAAUUGCCGUUUGGGCUACUUGCGCAAUUAUCAUGGUUAUUCUGAAUUUGACCGGGUUCAAGUUCUAA